UAUGGUGGCUAGUCGUCAGACGUGGCUGGUAGAGGAAUUUUAUUAUGAUUUACUAAUCUAAAUUGUGAUAUUACGAAAAUAUGUCGGAUACCAUCGUAGCCAAGGGUCAGACAAUACCUGGGGAUCCAGAGAAAAAAGGCUGGCUAUUCAAGUGGACAAAUUAUUUAAAGGGUUAUCAACGAAGAUGGUUCGUGUUGUCGAAUGGAUUGUUGUCGUAUUACAGAAAUCAAGCCGAGAUGGCUCACACCUGCAGAGGUACCAUAUCUCUACUGGGUGCCCUCAUCCAUACUGCAGACUCAUGUACCUUUGUGAUCAGUAAUGGAGGCACACAAACCUUUCACAUCAGAGCUCAUGAUGAAGUGGAAAGACAAAGUUGGGUCACAGCUCUCGAAUUGGCCAAGGCCAAAGCUAUCCGGGCACAAGAAUCCGAUGAUGACGAAGACCAGAUUUCCACUGGAGUAGUUGUGGUUGGUAGUGGAGAAGGUGAAGGUGAAGACGCAGGAGGCAUAGCAAGAGAACUGGCAGCUAGGUUCCAUGAUCUGCGUACUUGUUCGGAACUAGUUGCUAGGCAUGGUGCCGCUCUACAGCGGUCACUUGUAGACCUAGAGAUCCCACCAACAGACACUACCAAGCAAGUCUCAGAGAGGGCUACUCUGUUUAGGAUAUCAUGCAAUGCCAUGAUGAAUGCGUGUUCAGAGUUCAUGAGCGCCGCGGCAGCCUCGAGCGCCCGCAUGAGUCGCGCGCUGCAGCACGAGCGCGAGCAAAAGAUGAGACUGCAGGAGGUUGUCGAACAACUCGCAAGGCAGCACGACAAUCUCGAGAAAACAGUUACUGCGCGCAGUACUUCACAGCCCGGUGGAAACGGCACAGGCCAGGGUCACAACGAACCUGAGGAUGAGGAUCAUGAAUUCUUUGAUGCAAUGGAAGAGGGUUUCUCCUCAAAUAUGGAUGAAAAGACUUCAUUUGUAAUUAAAGUGCCCGUAAAUAGGAAAAACAAAGUAAAAGGUGGUGAAAGUUCAGACGAGUCUGAGACUGAAACUGUCACCGAGACUCAACAGGUAAUUUUCGUGGAAGACAAACACGAGAGACCUGAAAGCGCAAUGGGUGGAGUAGAAGCGGACCCGAACGCCAGUGCCCUCGUGCCCAAAGUGGCAGAGAAAGACGAGGAUAUCAAAGUAUGGCCUCACGUGUCACAAGCGCAGGGGUUGCUGGACGGACACCCGCGGCGGACGCGCGUGCCCGACAAGCCCAACUACCCGCUCAGCCUUUGGUCCAUUAUGAAGAAUUGUAUAGGUAAGGAGUUAUCGAAGAUCCCGAUCCCGGUGAACUUCAGCGAGCCGCUGUCGAUGUUGCAGCGGUUGACGGAGGAAUACGAAUACUCGUCCAUUCUGGACCAGGCCGCCAAGUUCGACGACCCCGCGCAGCAGCUCGCCUACGUGGCUGCCUUCACCGUCUCCUCGUAUGCAUCUACGGCUUGCAGGACUAACAAGCCGUUCAACCCUUUGCUAGGCGAGACGUUCGAGUGCGACCGCAUGUCAGACCUCGGCUGGCGCGCCAUCUCCGAGCAGGUGUCCCAUCAUCCUCCGAUGGUAGCGCAGUUCUGCGAGGGGCAGGCGGGCUGGCAGUGCUGGCAGGAGUUCACCAUGACCACCAAGUUUAGGGGGAAAUAUCUUCAGAUUAUACCGCUGGGCGGCGCGUCCGCCAUGUUCCCUAGCUCCGGAAACAAAUACACGUGGAGAAAGGUAACAACCACAGUGCACAACAUUAUAGUAGGCAAACUGUGGGUCGACAACCACGGGGACAUGGACAUCGUGGGCGAGGCGGGCCCGGCCGCCGGCUACGUGGCGCACCUCAAGUACCUGCCCUACGGCUACUUCAGUAAGGACACGCAGCGAAAGGUGACGGGAGUCAUCAACGACCCGCAGGGCGUGCCGCGCUACGUCCUGCAGGGCCACUGGGACAGCCGCGUGGAGGUCGCGCCCGUCACCAGCACGUCGGCCGACAACACCGUCUGCAAGACUGGCAAGUUCACCGUGGCCUGGGAGCGGGUGGCCGCGCCCGAGGACUCCGACAAGUGGUACAACUUCACGCUGCUGGCCGCGCAGCUCAACGAGCCCGAGGAGGGCGUGGCGCCCACCGACUCGCGCCGCCGCCCCGACCAGCGCCUCAUGGAGGAGGGGCUGUGGGACGACGCCAACGCCGAGAAGCUGCGCCUGGAGGAGAAGCAGCGCGCCGCGCGCCGCGAGCUGGAGGCGGCGGCCGAGGACGCGGCGGCGCGCGGGCUGGCGGCCCCGCCCGCGCCGCGCCCGCUGUGGUUCUCGCGCCAGGCCGUGUCGGCGCACGCCGCGCAGCCGCAGCCGCACCUGCGCCACCUCUACACGCACCGCUACUGGGACUGCAAGCGCCGCCAGGACUGGGCCGCCUGCCCCGACAUCUUCUAGCGCGCGGCGAGCGCCCCGCCCGCGCUACGACCCUGACGUUGUUUUCGUUUACGGCAUUACAUUUUGUGUUGGAAGUUUUACUCAUUCCAUAUUAACUGUGGUCGUUUUUAUUAUUUAUUGUUAUUUUUCAAAAUUAGUUUAUCGUACGGUUGACGUGUACAUACCUAUCUCUUAGUUUAUGACGCUGCAUCGUUUCCGCGCGACUCGCGGCCUAAUAGUUAAAUUGUUAGCUCUUAGACAUUUAUGAGCACCGCUUUUGGACGUCGAAAGUUUCGAGGCUUCACGCAUACUAACAACGAAGGUAUUUCACUUACAUUAUCGAAACUAACGGGCUUAUCACGGUAUUUGAACUAACACGAUUCAUAUUUCAAACGACUUAAAUGCUUUUGUAGUCCGAGUGAACGAGUGCGUACUGAACAUGUUCUAAGACUGGGAGUUACGAUAUCGCUGUCAGUUAUGAACUGUCUGAUGUUGAUAUGAAAAGAUUGCUUUAGUCCAGCGAUUGGGACAUGAUAAUUGAAUAUUAUUCUUAUUUAGUUGUAUAUUUAUCUUCCGUAGAAGCCAAGAAAAUUACGAAGUAGAACGUGGAUAUAAACUUAUGUAAAAUCAGGUGCUUCUAAUGAACAGGUUUCAAUUUUAAUCAAUAAUUAAUUAUUGUCAUUGCUAAUAAUCUAGAAAGUGACAAAUGUCUAGCGGGCAUUAAACGAAGCUCUUUACGUCCUAAUAGAAAAUGUCGCGUCGUAAAACUGUCUUUUAAUGCCUUAAUGUAGGAGCAAUAGAGCAUUAUCUUUGUAAGUGUUAAAAAUGGACACAAAUUGAUAUCAGGAUGUCGUGUCGUGUUGCCGGUAGUGCCUGGCCGCUGUCGGCGGAGAGCGGCCGCGGCCUGCAUCCUGGCAUCAGUUUGCAGUGCUCUAGGAUAUUUUGUAAGGUCUAUUACAAAUGUACAUUUUCAAGUGGAUGUAAGAUAAUUUGUUAAUAUUUUUAUUAUAAUAGAAUGAUAUUUGAAUACGAAGCCAUAAACAUCUGUAUCAUGUUGAUUAUGAAAAUAAAAUAUAAUGUCACUGAAUA